CAAUCAUGAAGCACGUCAGCAUCCCUGUGCUGUCCUUGAGUCGUUUUUAGGAGCUGCUCGUGGGGAGUUAGUCUGGCUGUUCGUGACUUGCCUAAUCCUCUCUCAUUUCUUUCACUCUCAACUGCAAUACAGGUUUAGCGGGGUACGUUCUCACAAAGGGUCGGUCUCUCUCUUGAGACACACAGAUUAGCUAAGUUCGCUGUAAGUCCCGCCCCCAACGAUAAGAGUGGAUGCUUCUGCACUGCUGCCGCAGGAACCGUUUGUCUACGCCCACGCAGCUUUUUCACGCCUUAAGAUCUUCGUCGCAUGCCGGGUGACAGCUGACUGUUCUUGGUCUGAAGUUCACCGGUCCCGGGGGACACAGAGGAAGAGGCCAGCGGGAACAGCGUUCAAGCUAGUUAGGGCCCCUUGCUCGACGGAACACCGAUCAUCUAUAUCGAGAAGAGAGCAGCCGUUUCCACCGCUGUAUCGCCUCUGGUGUGACAGCUGAAAAGAAGCCUCUCUUAAAUAAAUUGACAACUCACCAGGGUAACGCGUGAGCACUGACGCAUGCGUUGUGGCUUGAAAAGAAAUUGACGUUAGCCCGGUCGACCACUAGCAGCCGUUCGCCAGCUAUGUGAAAUUUUUCGUCACAACAAGCGAGGCCACACCAACGCUUGCCCGCUUCGAUGAUGCAACGAACGCUAACAGGCAAGACCAUUGUGUUUGCUCUCUUUUUAAAUGCGGUACUGUCCCUGCCUUCGUACUCCUCUAUCGUCUACCUCCGUGAGCGGCGUACCGCGUUCAAGUUACGGCGACCAUGAGGUGUCUGUGAACGAUAGAGAUGAACGUCGAAGCAGGCGUCCAAGCAUUCAGAACUUGUGUGACACGAUUAUUCACCUUUCUGUGAGGUCUUUCAGAAAUGAAAAGUGUGACGGAGCAGCAAAGAGCUUGUGGCGUCUUUAUCGCGAGCGUUCUCGGGGUUACUUGGUAUUCUGAACGCUUCAUUCACCUCCGUUUUCGUUCGCUUUGCCCUUCAGAACCGUAAGCGAGACAGUUGGGGCCCCCUGCCGAGCUGUCUAUUCCAGACCCGUUUCGACUGUUACUGCUUACUAACAUAAUCCAGGGCAGUCUUGUUUUGUUUCUGUGAUAAAAACUCCGUCUGUCUAGAAAACUUUGAUUCCGAAACGGCUUGACACAUUCCAUUUUCCGUCAGGUCGACCAGCGCGCAUGUUUUGUCGAGAGGAGAGGAUAAUCGCUAAAUCGGCUCACCUGCAAGCGGCUGCCGUGUGUGACCUCGCUUUUGGUCGUUUCGGGUCCGGCAACGAAGCUCCCGUUUCACCGAAACGAAAGUUAGUUGAAACGUCCAUGCCUGUAGCGACAACACUUUUCGGCUUUUUCGUCUCUGUGUUUCCGUAAAUGGCCCUGCAGCCAAGAGUCUCAGCAGUCACAAAAGCAUCAAUAUUCUCGGUCUCUGAAGCAGCCGUUAUUGGCGUCGAGUCGAUCGGUUUUCCUCCCGGCUUCAACGAACGGCCCGACAACCGGUAUCUCCGCGUCUCUACUCCACCAUCCGCGAUAUAUCCAAGUGAUCCUCGAAACGCCUGCACGUCGAGUCCGGACCAUCGAAGUAGUGUUCCAAGUGCCCCGCCAAAGGAACAGGAUGGGUACAUCCACACCAGUAGGAAGGAGACGGAGUCACUUUCCCAGAAGGGUACUUGUGCGUCAGUGACUUCGUCACGCGCAAGAAGUACAGGAAGUCGAGAAUGGCAGCACGUUUCCAUGGCAUAUUCGGAGGAGGCGAGGGAUUUUCAGGGCUCGGCUUCGCUCUCGGCUCCCGGCAUCGCUUUUGGCCUCUCUCGGUGGACUGUGUUAGGUCUUUACUGUGUGUACUGCGUUUUCUCGGGACCCGCGUACAUCAACUGGACACCGAUAGCAGACGUUCUUUUCAGGGCAGGGGCGUUUGAGUGGCUUUGUGGGGGGGUCUCGACAGCGCCAGACUUGCCACUGACUGGCGACGGGACGGCUAAGUGCGAGAAUCAGGAGGCAGAAGUUAACCGCCUUUUUACAAUUACUGCAGCAAGCCACUUUUUUUUCUCCUUCAUCGGAGGUGCACUCCUCGAUUUCAUCGGACCCAAGGCAACCGCUGUGGUCGGGCUGCUCUUCGGCAUGACUGGCUGGAUUCUUCUCGCCGUAGCAAAUGAGAACCUUUCCACAUACAUCCCAGCUUGCCUGUUUAUCGGCGCAGGCCUCGAUACAACCUACUUUCCGCUUCUUUCGGGAGCGAAUCUCUUUCCAGGGCACGUGGCCACCGUGAAGGCAGUCUUGGGGGCAGCGUUGUCGUGCGCCUUCGUCGUCCCUAUUGCGAUCCGUUCGGUAUACUUCCACAGCGGGGGAGCAGUUCACCACAGGUUGAUUUUCUGCGUCUUUGCAUGCGUGUGUCUAGGGAUUUCACUCUUGGUCGCCCUGUUUAUCGUCCCGCGCCGUCCUUGGCCAUCUCCGUACAAACCGUAUGCCCAACGUCUGCGCGAUCAGCCUCUGGCAGGCGGGUGUGGUGUUGCCAUGCAGAGCGAACUCCGACUCGCAUCCAGCGGGCUUGGGGAAAGUUUCGAGGAUCCGGAGCCUCAGGAGGGUGAAGUGGAACAAGACACGGGCCGACAAGACAGGGAGGUUUCGUAUACUGCAGUCGCAGUGCCGCCUCCGUCGUGUGAAGAGAAGCCUUCUCUUCCUGUCCUUGCCUCCCUUCCUCCAGCUACGGGGGCGGUAGGUGACAGUGCGAGUGGACGUGCAAAUCAGAAUGAGGAAAACGAAGCGCUUAAUACAGCUCAGCCGCAUGCGGACUACAGAAACUGUCCAGUCACUGUGCGACCGAGGCCAUCCCUUGGCCGACCUCGACAAACUCGUCCGUGUGAUACCUUCUCUGAGAAAGUGUGGCACCACCUCAUAGCGUUGCGCAGGGACAUCUGUUCAUCCGUGUUUUUGCCGAUCGUUCCAUUCUUCUGUUUGGUGUUGACGGGCGUCGUGUUCUUUAUCCCGUCGGCCAGGCACCUCAUGCCCGACGCGUACGCAGCGAACCGGAUCAUUCAGAUCUUCUCCUUUGUCCCGUGCCCACUGUUUGGUCACAUCGCCGAUGUCUGGGGAAUCUUGCCCGUCAUGUAUAUCUGCAAUUUAUGCGGACUGUUGAGUUUCACCUUCGUGAUGGUUCCAACCAUUCCCGCGGCGGAGGCGCUUCAGUUUGCGGCGUCACUCCUCGCUGCUUUCCAGUUGUCUUUCCUCGUCUGCCAAAUCUGCUGCUACGUCGCAGAAACGUUUGAAGAGGAAAACCAGGGGAAACUGAUUGGCCUUCUCUGCUCAGCCGCUGGCGCCACGUCCCUGGCUGCGAACCCCAUUAUGGAAUAUUCCGUCCGGAACGGCUUCCGGCCUGCUCUCCUGAGUUUUGUUGGCGGCUUUGGAUUCAACUUCUUUCUCCUGCUCUUCGUCCAUUGGCGCAAAAAGAAGACAGGACGAGUUCCAACAAAAACCAAGGUCGCGCGUUUGCAGCAUCGACUCUCCAACGCCAACUAACGCGCGCGCAGAACAGCCAGGGACGUGGGAGUGAUGAAGAGCUACCACUUAAAGCAGUUUGUUUUUACAUCGUCAAACCCAGACUACUACCGAGACUCUACUUACAGGAAAGAAAUGCUUUGAAGCAUUCAGCAAAAAUCAAACCACCGGGUUGAGGUGCCGCGUACAAGGAUGACGGAGCAGCUCUCGACAUAUACCCCUUUGACGUUUUCGUGACCGAAAGGGCUUUUCAGCACUUUCUGUGACAAAAACAAAUAAGGAACGAGGCUCGCUAUACGCCUUCAGAAGAUUAGACACGUAUACCGCAUUCAGGGCAGUCAUAGAGACACACGUAAUUAUGUUUGUUUUUUCACGCGUCGAGGACAAUCGUGAAGGCUGCGAAUCACCGAAAAGAGCUGCUUUUCCUUUCAGAAUCGGACGUUGCUUGAACGUUUCCGGGCGGAGUUCCCGUGUUCUCUGCUUUUAACCUUUUUCUUUGCGUGAGGACCCAACUUAGUUUCGCUGUAUCAUAUUUCCUGGACGUCCUUCGAGGUGGCAAGUGCCGUUUCCCCAUACCGUCUGCAGUGAAGAUGGACUUCGAUUCAAGAAGGCAAAACGCUCAGAGACCGGUGAUUGCGUGGUCGACACACCAAGGGAUACAUGAAAUGAAAAAUCGAGCAGGUGCCGACUUUGACUGUGGCAGCGUGUGGCGUUCGAACUCUUGCGAAGUGGCUUGCUUCCUGCCCACGCAAGAACCGAAGCUUUUUCCCGUCUGUUCAUUGCCCACGGUGUGUGUGACUCUAAAUUCGUUUUAAUUCCUAGGGAAGUGUCGUCACACUUGCCGCCUUCAUCUCAGUCAGUUCCCACCAAAACUGAUAACCAUUUUCCAAUCGAG